AUGCAGGAACUUCAUGUGUUACCUAAUGAUGGUUCAUCACACAAACUUUCUCCCAGGCCCGAAGCCCACGAUACUGGAAUGUGGAUAUGCCCUCAGUGUACUUAUCGUAAUUGGCCAAAAGCCAGAAAAUGUGUCCAAUGCUUAUGCGCUUCUCCAUUUCCAUUAGAAACUGAGCCACCACCUUCUAAGCGUCAUCAUUUACCAGUACAUCCAUCUUCGAUGAUUGACAAGUGGCCCUGUACAGUAUGCACAUAUGAAAACUGGCCUAAAACUCGAAAAUGUAUCAUGUGCCAUUCAUUCAGGCCAAUAAGCUCUCCAUCCAUUGCUGAAGAAGUACAUGUUGAUUAUGGCAAUGAUUGCAAUGCAGCUAUUCCUGCGAACUCAUUGAGGAGACGCAAAGGCCCGUCCCAAGGCACAUUACGUGAUGGUCUUUGGCUUGACGCCUGCCGGGCCGUUUUGGAAGGCGAAUUUGGCCCAAUAGAGCGUUAUUUUGCCUCUGGUGGACGUUUAGAUCGGAGAUUAUCUAAGCAGGUUCGUUUUUUAUAUACUUUUGGAUACUCGGAAGAUAUACGUAUAUUUUUUGGGUGUGAAUUCACCUUCCUUUAA